CGCAGCGACCUGUGCGCGGUGCUCCACGAGGCUAGAAGCUCGCUCCUCCACUCACGCGGCUGUCUGUCCUUCUGUCAUGCAAGCACCACUUGCUAGCGGCACUGCUCUGUGAAAAGGUCAUCUUUCCCCGUCUCUCCUAACCUCUGCUAGAGCGCGCCACUUUUUCUACCUGUUAGCGGAAAAGGCGACAUCGUGCAGCACUGCCCUACCCCCCCCUCUUCCUACCUGGCGGUUCCUGUGACAGAUGGAGUCCCUUAGAAGGCCCCGAUAUCUACGUGAGUAAGACUGACAAAGCAGGAAAAGAGAGAGAGGCACGGCACGACUGAAUCCCAGGAAGUUGUCAGGCUGCGAGAAGCUGGCUGAUGCGGCAGACUAAAAGUUUAGCAGAAGGUUGGGGUUGACAACACGUCUCCACAGUUGCUCAAGAUUUUGCAGUUGUUUGUCUCCCACCCGACUCAGCUAUGUCGGAGGAGGAUCCCCCAAAAGGACCAGGUGGUGUGAAUCAGUCUGAUCCAGUGAAGGACACAUUAUCCAGUAACAGCAUUAAGGACACUAAAGAAGCAGACAAUUUGGCAGCUGAAGUAAAUGCUACAGAAACCCAAAAUAAAGCAGGAGACUGCACAAGGGGACGAGGACGCAAUCGCAUUUGCAAGCACUGCCGGUUUUCUUGCACGGAUGUGCGCGAAUUCUACCAUCACCAGAGAACAGCUCAUACUGAAGGUCAGGAAAAUGAAGACCGCUCAUCUGUGACGCCCACCACACGCCGCUCAAGUCUUCGCACCAGGCGCACAGUCAGUGCCAACAGUACCAGUGGCAACAGUGGAGAGACAGAGACAACCCUAAACACUUCAGCAUUGAACGGAAUUGGCAGUAAAAACGCGACAGGCAAGAGCACAACUGACAACGGUUCUGAAACAGCCGGCAGCAACUCAGCCCAAAAGUCAGCAUCAGCUUCUGGUGCUCAGGUACUUACAAAGACUACUGCGAGCAGUGGGAUCCUCGCUGGCAACAGUAGCAUGAUCAGCACAAACUCAGCUCCUACAGAAGGAGACCCUUCUCUUGAUAUAUUGCACAACAUGUCCAACAGCUUCAGCGAUGACGAGAACGACUUGGGCGAUGAAGGAGGACGGCUGGUCAUCGACGAUUCCAGCGGCACCAGUGGGAGUGCUGUCACCGCAACACCCACAAGAUGUGGCAACAUCCAGAAUCGCACAUACGUUUGCAGUGUGUGUGACUUCACAUCAACAUCUGCCAAGUCCUACCUUCGACACCAGCGAGAUGAGCACAGUUUUGACAUCAUCAUUUAUGAGUGUGACAUUUGUGACUACGCCACCAAGUACAAGCAGAAGCUGCCACGUCAUCGCAAGCUGCAUUUCUCUGGCACAGAGUUUGCUCUUGAAAGUGGACAGGUCUACUCUGGCUCUGAGAGUGCCGAUCUUGGUACUACAUCACCUGGUGCUGUAGGUUCCAACAGUAGCAGUGCACCUGGAGAGGGAGGGACACCAGCAGCAGAGAGAGGAUCCAGGGGAGCUAAUAUGCCAGGUAGCUCCAUUGCUGAUGGAUCACUCCCACCUGUCAUUGUCGAUGAUGGAGAAGAUGAAGACAUGGAAGAGGAUGCCUCUAGCCCUCCUCCUCCAGAGAUAAUGGAGAUUCCAGAUCUCAUUGAGAAGAAGAAAAAGACACGACAGGAAGUGGAUCCAGCCAAAUAUUUUGAGGUUGUAGAUGAAAUUGGCAUGAAGUAUGCCUGCUCCAACUGUGGCAAUAUCUACAAAUGGCGCAAAUCACUCAAUAAGCAUUGGAAAGAAAAGCACAAUGGCGAGGUACCUGAUGCUAGCAAAUACCCAGUUGGCAUGAAGAGCCUUGUGCAGUCUGGCAAUCAUACUGCCUGCAAUAAUCGUAGAAUUUACCACAAUGCGCUUUUGGAGAAGAUAACGGUACCACAAGAAGACACACAUACACCCAACAAUGCUGACAGUAAUAGUGUAGUGUCACAUGGAAGUUCCAGAGCUGACACACCCCAAAACUUCCUUAACGAUUCCUUUAAUAGUGGGCAUCAUUCUGACAGUAGCCAUUUGACUCAGAGUUUUAGCUCUAAUAUGAUUGGUCCAUUUAUCACUCCCAAUCAGCCUGUAUUCCCCUCCAAGCAGAUAGCAAGCCUGACAGCAAACCUGAAUGGACCAAUUCCUUCCUCCUCUUCGGCCAACAUCCUGGACUUAAGCCAAAGUUCCAGUCCAAUGGAUGAGACUGACAGCAUCCAUGAACCUGCACCUGGCAUGCAGAGUGAACCACUGGAUUUCUCUGUUCGCAAAGAUGACGGUCAUGAUGCAUCAGCCAGCAGUUUUGUGCCUAUCAAAGUAGAGCCACCCGAGGAGAGGGAUGAUCAUACCCACAGCAUGGAUGUGAACAGCUUUGAGGAAGAUGACGAUUCCUUGCUCAGCGCCUCCAUGUCAGAAGAUGGACAAGGCCACAAAACAGUUCUGACUUGCAACAUCUGCUCCUUCCAGGCGAAGACCUUGGUAGAUUAUAGCUCCCACAUGUCGCUUCAUCUCAACAAGAAGGCAUACAAAUGUGCCGCCUGCCAGAAGCACUUUCCACAGAUCGAACUGCUAAACGAGCACUUCAGCAGCCGUCACAUGGAGCUUAUAACCUCUUACAAGGUGCGCUCUGAUUCCCAAUAUAAAAAGCAGCAGAAAAACCCCUGCAAGUUAAGAAAUGACAGUGAGGCAAUCCAGAAGAUACCACAUGGACUGCAGCAAACUUACCACCUCUUGAAAAUGCCACUUCAGUCAAUUCCAACUAUUUCUUCACAGGAAUCGGGCUCCAAUGACUCUAAGCAACUCAAGUGCAACAUGUGUGACUUUGUGGCCAAGUGGCCAGAGCUGCAAAAGCAUGCCGUGUCCCACUCAGAGGAUCGCCCCUUUGUAUGCAUCGUGUGUGCCUCAACAUACAAAUGGAAGUGGGACUUGGUGAAGCACUUUGACAAGGCCCAUAGUGCCCUCCCUAAUCCAUACAAGCGUAAAGACUCUUCAACACCCAUCAGCAAGAUGGAGGAAAACAGCGAGCCACCAUCCAAGCGUAGGCGGCGAGGAUCAGGUGCCAGUCUGCCUGACUUGUCUCAUUAUGGAGAGACGGCAGACUCCUACCCUCAGGAUGACAGCAGUGUAGCAGGAAUUCUGGCCAUCACUCAAGCCGCUAACCAGAUGGUCAGCAGACAACCCAACUUCUUGGACGAUGGGCCUGUGGACUACAACGGUACACUGACACCUGGAGGAAAGCCCCUUGAUCUAGCUAACCGAUCUCAGGAGCAAAACACUUCGAUGAGAGACCAAGCAGAUGGCAAUACUUCUGAGUCUGGAAGUGUUGAUGGUAUCCGUACCAUAAACGAAAAAACUCAGAAGGCAGUAGUAUCAGCUUUAAAAAAUCGCCAAGGAGGAAAAACAACCACAGUCACACGAAGUGUCACUGGAAAUGUCCCAGAGACUUCCCUGCCCUACAAAUGUACAAGAUGCGAGUAUCGUGCACGAUGGCCUUCAGAGAUUACUCAGCACAUGAAGAAUCACUCUGAUGAGAAGCCAUACUGCUGUCCUAAUUGCACAUACAGAAGCAAGUGGAAGUGGGAUGUUGUCAAACACAUGAAACGAUGUGGAGGUGGGACCAUCAAGGAUGUCAUAGAUACCACUCAGAAGAAGAACCGUGGUGCUCCCCCCAAUGCUACAGUCAUGCCCGAGGCAACGUCACACCAACCACCCCUCAGCCGCAAGCUGUGGCAGGCAACUCCGUGGCAUAUAUUGUCAACACAACUGCUGCUGAUGGUAAAAUCAAGCCAGCUAUCAUUGUCCCAAGAGAUUUGUCUGCCAGCUCUUCAUCUCCUGCAGUCACAUCUGCAGCUUUGGCUUCUGCCCUGGCAUCUGCCCAGCGAACCAGAGCCUGCAAGCCCUAGUGCUAGUGCUAGCAAUCUUUCAGGCUCUGGCUCUGGUGUAACCCAGAACACCAGUAGCAAGAAUGCCCAGCACCCAUUAUUUCGCAGCCUCAUAAACCAGGGUCAGCAUCAUUGCCUGGAAUGCCCUUUCAUUGGUAACAGUCCUGCAGAAUUGAAGCGACACAUGGUAUUGCACUCAGAAAACAAGCCCUUCAUUUGUGGUGUAUGUGGAUAUAGCUCACGAUGGAAGUGUGAUCUCAAAAAGCACAUUAAGGGGUACAGUCAUUACAACCCCCUCAAUGCUGACAUUAUGGAUUCUAGCGAUGCUAGUAAUGGCGACAAGGAAAGUUACAAAUGCAGGCAUUGUACAUUCGAGGCCAGCAGUUCUCCAGCACUGGAGGUGCACAUGAGAGAAGAACACAACAGUGCUGGCAGCUCCCAAGACAAGCAAUCAUCCAGCCGAUUCAGAUGCAGCAUGUGCGACUUCAUGUCUGAUGAUCUUGGUGUCUUUGCACAGCAUCGCAGGUCCCAUGGCAGUCAGAAGGCUGUCACCCAGACAUCUCCGGUGCCAGAGGAUGUGGAGCCUGUUGUUGUAGAGGACCAAGACGAAGCACGCCUGAAGCACCCUCGCAAGCCUAUGAAGAAGUUCACCUGUGUAAAGUGCAGCUUUGUGUGCAUCAAACGCCAGAUGAUGGUAGCUCACGAGAGAGAACAUGAGCUAGAGAGCACGAUGGUCAGUUGCUUUUACUGCAAGAUACGCUUCAGGAACAAAAACCACCUGCUGAAUCACAUCACUGAUCACCCUGACUUCAACCCCAAUGAAUGGGAAACAUUUUUUGCUGAGGAUGAUGCCAGUACAGAAGAUGUCAAUAACAAUAACAACAAUGGUAGCAGCAAAAAUAAACCAGCAGUCACUGACACGGGACUGCUUGCUAACACCAUCGAUUUAACUCGCACGCAGAAUUCACCUCAUGCAAUAAACCAUACUCCCCAGCCAGCUCAGCAACCAUCUGAAUCCAUUCGAAAGUUUGAGUGUGAAUGGUGCACAGCAACGUUUGCACAUGUGACCACUCUCUACCAGCAUGCUCAAAAUAUCCAUCCCCUUGAGCUCCAAGAGCAAGAAGCCAAUGAAGUAUCAAGUCAGAUAACCUCUGCAAGUUCCCGGAAAUCCCAAGGAGCGUCUCGCUCUCUUCCAACCCAGCACACUCCACAGAACCACGGUAACCUGUCUGGAGUCUCCAAGCCAGUCUCUUUGCUAGUGGCUAGUGGAAACCUCUCAGCAGGGUCAUUCACUGGCCUUAAGCCAAAUGGGGCUUCUACCUCACGAAGCACACUGUCCUCGGCAGGUUCUGUUCAGUUUCAAGCAAAUGGCCAGUUGCCAGGCCUCAAGAACAGUGGGGGCAGCAUCCAGUCAGCGUCCCUGACCUCACAUGCAAAUGAAACGAAGCAAGUGUUUCUGAUCUCAAGCACAUAUCCAAAGGAUGUCAAUGCCAAUAAAAUGGUUGAUGCUCCCAUGAAUUUGACAGCAGCUGCAGUUGCUGAUGACCCUGCCAACAAGCAGCUUUUCAGUGCACAAAGUGCAUGUACACAGCACCCUCUGCUCCAGUCUAUUUACGCCAUUGAGAUGCAUGGGAGCAACAAUCAUCAUAAAUGCUGGUUUUGCGACUUCAGCGUGCCUCGGCUGAACAAGCUAUACCAUCACAUGCGCAAUAGUCAUGCCACGAUGUGGACCACCAAUGUCAGCAAGCAGGCCGAGCAGGAACUUCUGUCUCACAUUGCCAAAGAGUCGCUCAAGUAUGCUUUGGAGGUGGAUGCUGAAGACAUCCAAGAUGUUGUGUCACCUGUACCAUCUUCAUUUGCUGAGAAGCAGCAGCAACCCAAGGUAGAGCCACAUGCGCAGGACCCUUCCAAUCCCAUCGUAUGCCGCAAGGUGAUCACCGCUUACCAGGGUGUUCCCAUACAGCCUCUCCUGGCAGAAGGGGUUCACAUGUACAAAUGUGCUUCAUGCCACUUCAUCAACAAUAGUGCCCCUGCUGUUGCAGCUCACACUAAAGCCAUGCAUGAGCCACAGGGCAAGUAUCAGUGUGGAUAUUGCAAUUUUAACGCCGAUAAGCAGAAGGAGGUUCAACACCACGAGAAACUGAGUCACCCAAACCAGUUCGUCUUCAUCUAUGCUGUUAUUCUGGAGGACAUCAACACCGCCACAGAGCAGGGUCUGUCGCAGGAAAUGCAAACCUUAAGGAAAUGUCUACAAGCAAGCAAAACUGAGCCUAUGGACUCGACCAGAAUGCUGGGAAACCAUUUAAGCUGCAUGCACUGCCCAUUUACCACAGCAUCCCCCAGCUUGCUGCAGCAGCACCUCAAGCAGCAUAACAGCAAUGGCAAGUACCGAUGCGGAGACUGUGACUUCAGCACUGACAGCAGCAGCAUUCUGGUCCAGCACAGCAGUGUGCACGAUUCUGUGUCUGAUUCUAUUCCAUCUCCCUUUAUGACUGUUGCAAAAAGUAAAUUGAGUGGUUCCAUGGCAGUUGAUGCUGCAUCUGAUGAGGAGGCCAUGGAUCUCAGCCAGGACAGCGCUGUAGAAGUGGCCAGUAAGGAGUCGAGUGAGAAAGAGGCAUCGUUUGUUCAAACAUCAACUCCUAACAAAGGAUUAAGAAAUGCUGAGGCUGUGAACUUUAGCUUGAACUCAGAAGAGCUUGUGCUGAGUGAACAAGCCAAAAAGGUUCAGAACAAAAUGAAAACCAAUGGCCGCAUCCGCUACAAAUGUGUCAGAUGUCCCUUCCAUACUUUUUGUCGCAAUAACAUUAUUAAACAUCGACGCCAGCACCUUAUUACAAGCCGUUUUCGGUGCAGAUUUUGCAACUACAGUGCCACACGUGCCUUUCUGUUGAAGCAGCACGAACGUUUCCACUUGGAUGACGGAGAGGGUGGCAUACUGCUGAGCUCAAGACCUUACCAAGACAUUUUUCUUGAUCCAUACAACGAAAAUGCGGAGAUGGAGCUACCAGAGGCAGAGUGCAGCACAAAGAAUGAAAGCAGCAGUCAUGACUUGGAAGAAACAAAUGGUGAUCAGGAUGGUCAGAGUCGUGCAACUUUGUUGGUGAAUGGAGGAAGUCCUGUCAUAAAACAAGAGCUGCUGACGUGCAAAUCAACUGAUGUGGAGGCCAAAGCAAUCAUGGAGGCAGAAAAUGCAAAUGCUACUGGGGAGGUUUCGGCAUCAUCACCAGCCCACGAGUUGGGAAGCAUAACUGACAAGCAGUUCCGUAGCUUCAAGUGCAAACACUGCCCCUACAGCAGCAAUUCCAGCCAUGAAUUCCGCAAGCACUGCAGUUUCCAUGGAGAAGAGAAUCGUUACAAGUGUGACUACUGCUCUUACAGCUUAGACCGCCUGAACCUUCUGUCCCAGCAUCGUAAAUUGCAUUGCGAUGAACACAACUUUGAGCCAAACCCGUCUGUGGCCAAGCUGCUCAACCACCAGGCCAUCUUGAAGCCACUGCUUUCUGCUGAUCCAGAGUCUGUUCUUGUGGCAACUAUUGACGAUGAUCCCUCAUCUCCCUUUACUUCAUCUGCCAAGAAAAAUCAAAGCAUAGCAGAGCCAGCGGGAGAGUUUUUCGCCUGCCAGUAUUGUCCUUACAAGACUACAAAGGACAAGGCAUUUGAAAUUCAUCGUGGAAUGCACAAUUUGAAGCGUAAAUAUAUCUGUGACUACUGUGACUGGUCAGCUGAUCGUCUUUCUCUCCUGUACCGCCAUCGAAAUGUGCAUAGCAGUGAGGAGGGCUUUGACUCGACACCUAUGGACAACAUUUUUAUCAAUCAUGAAUUUGCAGAGGAUAGACCUGGCGAAUUUGAGGCUAAGCUGCUAGAUCUGGGGACCUCGAAGGAAGGAGUACCUAGUUGUGCCCUAGGAGGCUCUAGUUCUGCCCUGUCAGGUUCCCCACCCUUUAAACUGUCCAUUGUGAAGAAGACAUACGGUUGCCCACACUGUCCUUUCACCACUGGCAACAAAAGUUCCUACGAUUAUCAUGUAGGUCUGCAUAGUGGAGCUGGCAAGUUUCAGUGUGAGAAAUGUAGCUACAAUUCUGACCGCUGGUCACUGGUAUGCCAGCACAACCGCAUCCAUCAAGAGCAGGAACUGAAGGAGUCCACUCUGGAUAGUUCAGCUGCUAAACGACGUCUUCGAUGCCCCAAAUGUCCUUACCAUGGGCCCAGCAAGCAGCUCCUUGACCAGCACAUGGAGAUGCACAGUGCAAAACCAUUGCAGGAGAACUCUAAUGAUGGCUUUGCACAUGCAGAUAAUACAGAAGAAAAUACUGACGCCAUGGUAGAUCUCCAGGCUGAAGCCAUGGAUGAGGCGAACACUGCAGUUGAUGAAGAAGCAGCCAUCAAAGGUCUUCGGUGCCACAAAUGUCCUUUCAGCACAUCUUCCAAAGAUGACUUGAGCCAUCAUCUCAAGCAGCAUUCUGGGUGUGGAACCCUGGUCUGUCCAUACUGCGACUUCAGCUGUGCAACUGAAGACAGUCUGCUGUCUCAUGUUCAGGUUCACUUUCCCAGUGCCCCAAUCGAUCGUGAAACACUGUGGCAAAUGAUGGCUUGUCACAGAAGGAUGCAUCAGCUGGCAAGUCGUCUUGCACAAAAACCUCGUCUGAAGCUUCACAGAAAAAAGGCGAAGUGCCAAAGAUCAAGGAUGAACCUUCAGAAGACAUCGCAGAAAAGCUUAAUCCUGCCCCAGGUAAAGCCACACCCAAAGUGGGCACCAAAGAUCCACACAAGACUUCAGAGGGUGUUGCACAGAAGAAAAGUUUAUGUUUGCCAGUACUGUGAGCGAGAAUUUGAGGAGAAGACUCAGAUGAUUCAGCACGAGCGGCAGCAUAUCUGUUAAGAUGUGAUCUCUGCUUCCAGUGAAGGUUAUCUUCACCACUAUGUGCCUACUUUAUGCUUUUUGUUAUUGCGCUUCCCUUUCAGGUCGCACAGAACUAUAUAGUUUUCUACAUGGUUUUUACAUUAUGACUUUAUAGACUUAUAAACCAGGUUUUCCUCUCCCCCAGUGGUUUAUACUGUUGAGACUGUACAUUCCAGAAUAGAUUAAACGCUUUUUCACUGCUGUAUUGAUAUGCUUAAACCUGUUGAAGGAUUUUGUAGGAUUUGUAUGUAUAUAUAGAAAGAGACUAUAUUCAUGAAUUUUUCCCACUUGGCAUAAAGAAGUUGACAUUUAUGUAUUUAUGUAAACACAAACUAUCGAAAUUCUUUCACCAACUGUGAAGGUAAAACGAAUCAAGGUUGACUGUUCCUUUUUUUUUUUUUGUUUUUUAAACAAUGAAGAAAAUCAGUGAUGAUAAUAAGCAUGCAUAGCGCCAUAUCUCAUUCCUAUAAGCUAAUGAAUCAUUGAAACGUUGCUAUAAUCUUCUGCAGAAAAUGAUAUCAUGGAAGACUGAUUUUUGUUUGAUUUUUGCUUAAGUAUCAGAUCAAUUCAACGGAGAGCAGUAGUCAGAGUGGCUAAUGCAGUGAUGUAUUUUUUCACUGAUCAGGAUGUUAAUGAGUUACAGUUAACAGCUUAACGAAACGGCAAAGAUUUAAGAUGCAUAUUUUUGUUUAUACUGGAUGAACACAAGUGUGCUACAUUUGAAAAUGAAAACCAUUGUGAACUCUGAACAGUUCUUGUAUCAGACUAGCCAACCAACAUUCAAUUUGGUAUGACUGUGCCUUAAGAACAGUUGCUUUGCAAGUGAAAAAAGGUCUUUAUAUGCAAUAAUAUUAACAUCUGAUGCACCUCCUAUAAGACCUAUUUGUAUAUGACACUAUGGCAAGCAAAAAUAAGCAUAGAUGAAGAUAAUGUGCUUGAUUAUGCAAGAUAUGAUACAGACAGGUGGCUUGUAGUUUCUGAUCCCUUUUUCUCUUAUCUUAUAAGUGUGUUUGCAUGCAUGUGUGCACAUCAUUCCGCCAUCCCCUUUCCCUCAUCAUGUUUCAAGUGUGAUUAACAGCAAAUUUGCUUUAAAUCUCAAAGUUUUCUCUUCAAGUGUUGUACAAACUAUAAACAAAAGAUGUUCAUCACACAGGAAAGAGAACAUCCAUGUUGUAAAUGUUAUCAUCACCUUGUGCGGCCUGUUGACACAUGGCAUAGAUAACUGGGAUGAUGUGCUGCUGUUUUUCCACAAAAAGACGAAAUAUAUUUAUGUAACCAGUUUGUAUUGGUUUUGAUUUAAGCCUUACUCGAAUGAAGCCGAGAACAUGCCUUUUUUCCCCUUUUGAAAUUGUGAACCACUUCGAUAGUUUGCUGUGAAUAUGUUAAUUAGUUUUGACUAUGCAAGUGGGUCUUAUUUUUUAUGAGAACUGAACUUUUCUAUUCUUAGCAUUUGUACAUAGAUCCUAUCAAAAGUAGUGUUUUUAAAAACAUUUCCUGGUGCUUUGUUUCUGGGCACAUUGCUCAGCUGCCUUAAGUUUUCCAUUUUAAAGCAAAAUUUAAAAUUUGGUGUUUUUGUACGUGUGUGGCCAUGGUAGUCACACCUAUAUUACAGCUUCAUCAGCAUCAUCAGAAUAGUCU